AUGGCGCCUUCAGUCGCAACGGACGUAAACCGAGUCAUCAACUUCGUCCCGACCAUCCAUAACGACACAUACCCAACCAUCGACCCAUUGAACGCGAAUCUUUCCGGCAAAUAUGUUCUCAUCACCGGGGCGUCGAAGGGCAUCGGUCGAGCGACAGCCAUGUCAUUCGCCCGAGCAGGAGCAUCCGGCAUUGCCAUACUCGCCCGCUCCGACCUGUCAUCUCUUGUGCCUGAACUGCACACAGCAGCCGAGAAGGCGGGCCGUGCACAGCCCAAGAUCCUCACCUUGGCCGCCGACCAGACCAACGAAACACAAGUCCAAGCAGCAGCGGACAAGGUCCGGACCGAAUUCGGCCGUCUCGACAUCCUGAUCAACAACGCCGGCUAUCUCGAGCCAUGGAAGCCGAUCGUGGAGUCCGACGUCAACGAAUGGUGGAAGGCCUUCGAAGUCAACGUCAAGGGCGUGUACCUGAUGGACCGCGCCUUGAUCCCACUAAUGCUGGAGACCGAGAACGGCGACAAAACCGUCAUUACCGUAAGCAGCAGGGGCGCUCUUGGCGCCAGGGCCGGGGCCAGUGCAUACCAGACGAGCAAAAAUACCGUGAUACGACUGAACAAUUUCCUCUCCGCUGAGUAUGCGGACCAAAGGCUUCUCGUUUACACCGUACACCCUGGAAGUGUCGAGACAGACUUGGCUCGGGGUAUGCCGAAGUAUAUGUAUGAGCACUUCUACGAUACGCCGGAACUAGCGGGCGAUAUGUUUGUCUGGUUAACAAAAGAGAAGCGAGAAUGGCUGAAUGAUAGAUUCAUCAGCGUGGCCUGGGAUGCCGAUGAGUUUCUCGCCAAGAAGGAGAUGGUGCUCAAGCAUGAUUUACUGAGGUACCAGCUACGCACUUGA